GACGGAAACCGACCAAACCGACAUACGGUUGAGUUACCAUUCACCGAAAUCUCUGAAAAAAAAAAAAACAUAUCUAUCUCCCUCUUCUUCUUCUUUGUCGUCGAAUAUUCUUACGAGUGAUAUUUAUAUAAAUAUACAUAUAUAAAUUUUCCCACCCUUUUCUCCUUCCAUCAUCUUGAUUUCCAAACGAAAAGUCCCAACGCCCAAAGCGAAGAAACCGAUUGGGAGUUGAGACCAGGAGGCAUGCUGGUCCAGCGAAGAGACGGCCAGGAAGAUCAUCAUCACAAACACGAUCACGAAACUGCUGCUGCUGAUUCUUCUUUCGGGCCCAUGAUCAAGAUCAACGUCUCAUAUGGCCCGGCCCAGCACGAGCUCUAUGUCCCUGCCCAUUCUACUUUCGGGGAAUUGAAGAAAGAAAUUGCUCAAAAAACUGGGUUGGAACCUGAUAGACAAAAGGUCUUGUUUAGAGGGAAGGAGAAAGAGGACAAAGAGCAUUUGAACGUGGCUGGUGUGAAGGAUAAAUCCAAGGUUUUGCUUCUAGAGAAUCCAGCAAGAAAAGAGAAGAAGGUUGAGGAGAUGUCAAGUAGCAAAGAGAAGGCUGAAGAGUCCACAUCUAGCGAAGAGAAUGAGGUUGAGGAGAUGAGAGAAAGUGAAGAAAUGUCAAAGGCUUUUGCAGCGGUUGCUGGAGUUAGAAAAGAGGUUGACAAGCUUUCGGAAAGAGUGGCUGCAUUAGAAGUGGCUGUGAACAGUGGGACCAAGGUUGCAAAUGAGGAAUUUGAUGUUUCGGCAGAGUUACUCAUGAGAGAGCUGCUGAAAUUGGAUGGAAUUGAGGCAGAAGGAGAAGCAAAGUUACAGCGAAAGGCUGAGGUGCGACGUGUCCAAAACUUCCAUGAGACACUGGACAAUCUAAAAGCAAGAAAUUCCAAUCCAUUUAGCAACAGUAGCAAUGCUGUGUCUGUGACAACAAAUUGGGAGACAUUUGACUCUGGAAUGGGGAGUUUGACUGCCCCUCCACCUAUGUCAUCUUCAACAAAAAUGACGCAGGAUUGGGAACAGUUUGAAUAGUUAUUAUUUGCCCAAUUCUUUGGCCUAUAAAACUUGUCUGCGGAACAUAACAUAUGUAUCAUGCAGGGCUCCUUUUUUGGUGUGGCAUUUACUAAAGCUAACGGAGAUAUAUCUUAUGCUUGAAAGACAACUGCAUUUUUAACAGUUGUGAUAUAAUAUUUGAAUUCAUGGUCUUUUAUUCUAUAGUACCUUAUUUAUGAAUUGGUUCAUUAUUUA